AAAAAAAAAAAAUGGGAAAUUAAAUAUGGUAAUUACUUAUGAUAACACAAGCAGGUGGCACAGUGAGUGAGUGGAAGCUGCAAAGUGAAGUGUGAAAGCAAAAGAAGCAGCAGAGAGCAGAUCGGCGAUGGCGGUUUCCUUACCCAUUCUGGUCAUCCUCAUCGCCCUCCACCUCAUCGCCUUCGUCUUCGCCGUAGGCGCCGAACGACGUCGUAGCGCCGCGAAAGUGGUUCCCGAUGAGUAUGACGACAGAACUUACUGUGUUUACACCACCGAUGCCUCCACAGUGUACGGCCUCUCCGCCUUCUUUCUCCUAUUAAUCAGCCACGCCAUCGUUAACGCCCUCACCAGAUGCCUCUGCUGCGGCAAGGGCCUCGUCUCCGGCGCCCGCUCCACCUGUGCCGUCUUUCUCUUCAUUUUCUCUUGGAUUAGUUUUCUGGGAGCAGAGUCAUGCUUGUUGGCAGGGUCUGCGAGGAACGCAUAUCACACAAAAUACAGAGGGUAUUUUGGGGUAAAUGACUUGUCCUGCGCCACCCUCCGCAAGGGGGUGUUCGCCGCCGGUGCUGCCCUUACUUUGAUCUCCAUGUUGGCCUCCAUUUUGUACUAUUGGGCUCACUCCAAGGCUGAUACUGGUGGCUGGGAGAAGCACCACAAUGAGGGCAUUGUAUUAGCUACCCACCAGCAACAACAAGGUUCUGACUUUGGCAAGGCCUGAAACUUUGUUUUAUUGCUUUCAUUCACAUCUGAAACAGGGUUAAUUUGCAC